CAACAGAAUCUAAAAAUAGAAAGGACCUAUAUAUUCCACGCUCUCAGCCCAAAACCGAACCUUCUCACGUCUCUCUCAGACACCAACCACCUUCUCUGUUCUCUCCACCGCGAAUCUUUCUCUCUCUCUCUCACUCUCUCCACCGUGUCUACUCCAAUUGCUCUUCUGUCUCCGAUGGGUUUCCCGGUGGGUUACGCGGAGGUCUUCUUCCCCAACCUCUUCCUCCACACCUUAGCUUUCCUCGGCCAUCUCCGAAACCUCAUCUUCCUCCUCUUCCACUUCCUCGGCCUCUCCGACUUCCUUGAAACCGAGGUUUCCUGGCCCGACCCAAACGGCGCCACCCUUCCACCCGACCCGGCGCGGUCCCCCUCCAUGUCGGCGGUCCUGAUCCGGGAGCUGCUGCCGGUGGCGAGGUUCGGCGAGGCAGAGAGGGAGGAGGGGAACUGCGCGGUGUGCUUGUUCGAAUUCUCUGAGGAGGAGGAGAUCCGGUGCUUGAGGAACUGCAAGCACAUUUUCCACCGGGGAUGUGUGGACCGUUGGAUCGAUCAUGAUCAGAAAACUUGCCCACUUUGUAGGACCCCCUUUGUCCCUGAUGAUAUGCUUGAUGAGUAUAAUCAACGCCUCUGGGAUGCUUCUGGUGUUACUGAGUUUUAUGGAGGAGACUAUGCUUCCUCCUUCUGAAUUCUGAAUUGAUUCAUUCUCACCACUUUCUUAUUCUCUUUUUUUCUUCUUUUAUCUGGUGGGGUUUUUGGAAUCAUGAAGAUGAAAUGUAUAUAGCAAAACAAAAAAUAAAGGGAGAAAAAAAGAGAAAAAGAGAUUUUUUGGACGACUGGAUACACAGUGUCAUCAUUGUUGUUCUUCUUGGAUUUUCAUAUCCUGAGGUGCCUUGUGUAUUAUUGAAUAUUUAUUUGUGUACGACUAUAAUUAAUAGAGGCUUCAUUAAA